AUGUCUCGAGCAUCGAAAUUCACAUUGGCAGCUACCGGCCUUGCCACAAUGGGAAUUGUCUCCUUUGUCCACUGGGCACAAGAGGCAGAUAGGGCGGCUAUGCACAAAGGUGUCGAGCGCGAUAUGGAAAAGCAACGUGUCCGACUGGAGCGCCAGGCCGAAUUCGAAAUGCAAAAAGCCCUCGAGCAGGAGUACCUGAAGCUCCAGACUGUACACAGUACCACGGACGACUCAAGUACAUCCAGUCAAAAUACGAAUCUGAAGUCAUAA